AUGCAUAAAAAGGAAGAGAAGCUAGAAAAGCUCUUGAACAAAGCAAAUAAACGGCCUGCGGAUGAAAGGAUGAUUGACAACCUUCGCAAGGAGCUGAAUCAUUAUACCUCUAGUGAUGCUAAACAAUCUGAUCAUGCGCAAGCCGUCCCUGUCGCAGGUGGUGAAGUACCAGACAUUGAGCGAGCCAAAAAAAACGCCCCGCACAGCCUGAACCAGGGCACGCUGAAAUCCGGCGCUGAGGACAACGAACGCGAGCCGAAUCUACCAGCACAUACAGAGUCUUCAACGUCAUCCUCUGCAAAACAGGGAACAGACGCAGGUAGUCCGCAAGGCAAAACAAGAGCGGCGAUUCAAUCGAUAACGUUUCAACAUAUGAAAGAUGAAGGAGUAGAUAUUGUUGAAGAAGGAUACCUCCAGCUAGGACCCCGCAUCUGGAUGGUCCGCGGCUAUGGUUUCCCUCACGGGGCCAAGUACGAAAUGGAAGCGAUUCAAUGUGAUAGUGAUUGGCAAAGACUGGAUGAACUUCCACGAUUGUCCAGUACCGAAAAGCGACUAUCCAUUCUGAAAAAUGAAAACGGAAGACGGCAAUACACUAUCGACAAUAUUGAACGUAUUGACGCCGUGACCGUUUUACCUUAUGGGCGCCGCAAAGGGAAGAGAAGAAAUCAUGAUAAUGAAACCAAACCCAAAAAACCCAGGUUUCGGUUGACUCUUGUUCAAGUCAAGUGGAAGAAUAUCCUUGAGGAACACGUCAAGAAGUUUAAAGAGGGUAGAACUUGGGAGCCGAGAUCUGAGCUUCUGGGCAUGGUGGGCCGCAAGUGCCAAGCACAACUAGAUCGCGACAUCUUUGAGAUGUGCCGAACACAGGACAAGCGAAAUGCCUCAUGGCUGAAGGAAAAAAAACUGUCUCAUCUAGAAAGGCCUGAUACUCCUUUACCGGGGAAAGUUGAAUGGAUUUCGGGCCGAGAAGAGUCUCGCAAGGAAGCUGCCCGAAUCAGAACCGCCCGACAGAAAUCUCCCAAAGCAAAGAGAUCAGAACUGGAUCCGCAAAGAGCGAAUCGUGAACGCACCGGUAAAAUGCACAAAGAAAGAAAAGGAAAAGAAAAGCAUAUCCCUCCCAGCAAACGCUCGACGGGAACUGAUAAUGACCCAGGCCCCCCUGAGGAAUCAGAGGUAUCAGGCGAGUCAGAGGAUUCAGAGCAGUCCGAGGAGGAAGAUGAAAACGUCUUUAGUUAUGAAUCCUAUCUAGCUACCACCAUGGCGCACGAAGGAAUUAACGAUAAACUUCUUCAAACUGACGAAAAGGAGUAUAACAGGAGGAUAAGAAAAGUCAGAAAGGACUACCCUCGCUUCAAAGAGACAAUGGAAGCUCAAGGUUACCGAGAAUCGAAAUAG